GCCAAAGCCAACCGUUCGAGACUUGUGGCUGCGACAUUUCCACUUUUGCCCCUCUCAUACCGAAGCUAACGUGGAAAGUGACUCGUAAUUAUUGAUGAAUGGUAAGGGUGAUUUAGUGAUUUAGUUACCGAAGAGCCCCUCUUAAACCCUACCCUGCUCUCCAGCUCGCGCAGCCCUACGGAGAGGCAAGAGAGAAAGCUCGCUAAAGGUCUUUUCGCUUUCUUCUUGCGGCCGUCGAUGGCGAAGCGCCUGAUUCCUCUCUUUAACCGCGUUCUCGUGGAGAAGAUCGUCCCUCCCUCCAAGACCAGUGCUGGAAUCCUUCUCCCGGAGAAGACCACCAAGUUGAACUCUGGAAAAGUUGUAGCAGUAGGUCCUGGGGCACGUGAUAGGGAUGGGAAACUUAUCCCUGUCUCUGUGAAGGAAGGAGACACUGUUCUGCUACCUGAAUAUGGCGGGACAGAGGUGAAGCUUGGAGAGAAAGAGUACCACCUCUACAGAGAUGAUGACAUACUUGGGACCCUUUGCGACUGAUGUUCACGUAAGAUUAAUUUUAUUGCGGUUGCUUUCUGUUAUCAUCGAGGUGGAUGUAGUAGAGUUGCAAGUUGCUCUCCUAUUUGCUAUCAUUUUGCUGUGACAACUGGGGGAUCAAACCACAACUGCUGAAACAAUUAUGAUAUUUUGACAAAACGCAAGUUGGAUGUAUCUCAUAAGGCAUCUGCACUUUUUCAA